AAGAAAAGGAACACUUCCCCAGGAAAUGACUCCACAGCAUUUUAAAAGAGUGAAGCAGUCCCUGCUAACUAUACAGCUUUCCCAUCUCUUUCACUGUUCCCCAGGCACUCAUUCCUCGCUUUCCCUUUCUCUCCUUCCCUUCCUCCCUCAACCCUAAAAAAAAAAUCUGUACUUUGAUGGAUAUCUAGCACCUUCCUCAUCUCCUGUCCCCCUACUGGUCUCAAAAUUCUAGCAUCAACCUUCUCCUCUUGCUGUCCAAAUGGGCUAUUAUUUUCUACCCUUGUGUUUCAGUACACCUCAUGAAAUCAUGAUGCCAGCGCUCAACCAAUCCACUUAAAGCAACGAACACCUACUCCAAUCUCUUCCCAUUUGUUUGUUUUUUUUACUUUCAACAUAUUUUUAGCCUUAUCUUUAUUUCCUCCUCUCAAGACUUCAAGUCUCGCAGUCUUUAACCCCAUCUUCUACUGUCUUCAAUGUUUUCAAGCAAGACAAAAGGAUAGCAUCCACACAAACACAAUCACUUGUUAACCAAUCUGGAAGCUAAAUCACACACAAAAACAUACCAUGUUGUCAUCUCCAAUUCUCUACUCAUUUUCACUCUUGCUUUCCUUUUCCCUCAUCUACCUCUUCACCCCUCAAAUCCUUGUUCCUCUUCAAAACGCUCUUUCUUACGAACUUGAUGAUCCUACUCUCUUCAAGAAAGCCCUCAAGCCUUGUAAAACCAUCCCCCCCCUAGCCACCAACAAUCCCACUCCUAAAAUUGCCUUUCUUUUCCUUACAAACUCUGAUCUCUCUUUUGCUCCUUUAUGGGAACGUUUCUUCGAAGGCUACAACAAUCUUUACAACAUCUAUGUACACGCUGAUCCAUUUAGUAAAGUCUCAAACCCAGAUGGGAUUUUCAAGAAUCGGUUCAUUCCUGGCAAGAAAACAGAAAGGGGCUCUCCUUCUCUAAUCUUAGCAGAAAAAAGGCUUCUUGCCAGAGCCAUUCUUGAUGAUCCUCUCAACCUUUAUUUUGCUCUUGUUUCUCAACACUGUGUCCCUCUCCAUUCAUUUCAAUACAUUCACGAUACCCUUUUCGGCCACAACAUUUUGAAAACUUUCACUACUCAAUCUCGUCAUCAAAGCUUCAUUGAGAUUCUCUCCGAAGAUCCAAACUUGCCUGAUAGAUACAAUGCUAGAGGGGAAAACAUUAUGUUGCCUGAAAUCCCAUAUGAGAAAUUUAGAGUUGGGUCUCAGUUUUUUGUGCUGGCAAAAAGGCAUGCUUUGCUUGUACUCAAGGAUAGAAAGUUAUGGAGGAAAUUUAAGCUUCCUUGCUUGAAUACAGAGUCUUGUUACCCAGAAGAACACUACUUUCCUACACUUUUAUCAAUGAAGAAUCCAAGAGGGUGCAGUCACUACACAUUAACAAAUGUUAAUUGGACUGACUGCUUUGAUGGGCACCCGCAUUUGUAUCAAGCAGAAGAGGUUUCACCAAAUCUGGUGCAUGGAUUGAGGCAGUCCAACUCAAGUUAUUCUUAUUUUUUUGCCCGGAAAUUUGCUCCUGAUUGCUUGCAACCAUUGAUGGAAAUGGCAGAUGAUGUGAUUUUCAAGGAUUGAAAACAAGUGAGCAAAGGUAAGAUUGAUUGAAGGAAUCUUUGGACUUUCUUUGGACAUUUGCAAGUGUGGUGUAGAGAGGAGGAGAAAGAAUUGUGUUGGUGGGAAGGGAAUAAGACCCAGCCCAGUGUAAAAGUAUUUUUUCAAAGUUGUUUGUAUAGAAAGUUGACUCAUAAUGUCUUGUUGUAUAUAAUAUAGUAUAACACUUUUGCUUUUGUAUAUUUUAAGUACAAAAGUGAAGGGAGGGUGAGACUUUAGAGCAUAAAGAGUGGAUCAAAGGCCAAAUGCCUCCCUUUUUCCUAUAGAAAAAAAAUUCGAGA